AUGACUUUCUCUGAAGUUUCUGGCUCACUUUCUUUUAACAGAGUGAAGUCACGCUACCCGCACAGGCCUCCAGUCUAGUCUUAACUCCCCGCCUUACUCUGUUCUUUUUGUUCCUUCUUUCCUCAAACAUGCAGAGAAAAGCCAUGGCUGUCGCUUCCAGGGCAACAAGAACGACGGCGACAACACCACCAACAGAGCUUCAGAUCCCCAAGAGAUGGAAAGACAGGGAAACCAGCCCCGAGAGAACCAAAGUCUGGGCCGAACCCUCCAAGCCCAGCAAGGCCAGCACCGGGAGAAGAGUCCCUGUUGUGUACUACCUCUCCAGGAAUGGCCAGCUCGAGCAACCCCACUUCAUGGAAGUCCCUCUCUCUUCCCCUGAAGGACUCUUUCUCUCGGAUGUAAUUAACCGCUUGAACCUCCUCCGCGGCAAAGGCAUGGCCGCCAUGUACUCCUGGUCUUCCAAACGGAGCUACAAGAACGGCUUCGUGUGGCACGAUCUGGCUGAGAACGAUUUCAUCUGUCCAUCGCACGGCCACGAGUACGUCCUCAAAGGAUCGGAGCUCCUCGAAGCUCCUUCUCCGUCGUCGUCUUCUUCGGCUGCGAGACCUCUCGAGUCGGUGUCGUUUCGCUCCCCGAAGCCGAUCAACACGCCGAAAUCGAGCGACGAAUCAGAUUUCCCGGUCAUAGCUCGUCGGAGGAACCAGUCGUGGAGCUCGAUCGACCUCCACGAGUACAAAGUCUACAAGACCGAGUCCAACGGCGAGUCGACGCCGAAAGCGGCGGCGGACGCGUCGACCCAGACUGAUGACAAGAGAAGACGAAGACGACACGUCAAAGAGAGGGAAAGCGAGAUCCGUGAGCUUCACGGAGAUGGACCCGACGAAGCGGAUCAGAGUCAAAGUCAGGAUCCAGGUCAAAAUCAGACGACGACGGAGCUGAGCAGGGACGAGAUCUCACCCCCACCGUCGGAUUCGAGCCCCGAGACGCUGGAAACUCUGUUGAAGGCCGACGGACGGCUGAUAAUAGGCUCGAGCGGAGGCAAAGAGGACGGAACGGAUCGGGCGGCUGGGAACCUCACAGGUGGCAAGAUCAGGGCGUCCUCGGUGCUGAUGCAGCUGAUAUCGUGCGGCUCGCUCUCGUUCAAGGACUGCGGAGCAACGUACAUAAAAGAUCAAGGGCUGUCGCUGAUCGGGCACCACAAGACGAGAUUGCCCCGCGGAGCAGGGGAUAGCAGCAGCAGCAAGCAGGCUCAGGCUGGGGCUUCGAGGAAAAUUCCGAACUCUGCGGGGGUAAGAUUGGAAGAUAAGGAGUACUUCAGCGGCAGCUUGAUCGAGACCAAGAAGAAAGAGGAGGUUGGGGUAGCCCCAACGCUGAAGAGAUCGUCUUCUUACAAUGCCGAUCGGUGAGGAGCGACCGCCGACCACCCUCUCCUGUUCAUAUUUUAAUCUUUUCUUUCUUCCUUCCUCUUCUACUUUGAGCAAAUUCAACUAGAAUUACAGCUUUAGGCAUUUUGGUCAGGCCCUCUUUUUUAUCUUUUUUGUCAUGUGUACGUAGCUUCAGUUGUUGUAACGUUAUUUUUAGGGUCGAUGUAACUUUUCGGAACUGCAUAAGUAAACACCCUUUUGGAAAUUCUGUCGAUUUCGGCU